AGAUAGUGUAUUAAGCUAAUGUAAGCAUAGUUGUUAGCAAGCGCAGUGGCUUAGUUAUUCAAGUUAUUAGGUGGUCUGUGCAGAUUUGCUCCUUUUUUAGAAAAUACAAUACUAGCUGGAAUAUUGAACAUUUAAUAGGAUAAAACAUAUAGAGGGUGAUUGAACAUAAUGGGUAAAGUUUAUAACUCUGUUAGUGGAGUAUUUCCGGGGUAAUUUCAUAACUUUGGUACAUAACAGCAUCACAGAGACGGACCCCCACCUGCUGACCCACAGACGGUCUCCGCUUUUAUGGCUACUGCGGUGCUCGUAGCCGUUGUUGUCGGCGGUGGAGUGCUGCUCCUUAUGCGCCGUUUGUUCCCGCGGAAGAACGCCGUGAAGCUGCUCAGUUAUCCAGCCAACAGCAUGCAGGGGAAGACGGUCAUCGUGACCGGGGCUAACUGCGGGAUAGGGAAAGCCCUAGCCGGGGAGCUGCUGAAGCUCCAUGCCCGGGUCAUCAUGGCCUGUCGGGACCGUCAGAGAGCCGAGGAGGCGGCCAACGACAUCAAGAAACAAGCGGGACCAGAGCAGGGGGAGGUGGUCGUCAAACACCUGGACCUCGCUUCUCUCAGAUCAGUCCGGAAAUUCUGUGAGGAGAUUAAACAGGUGAGUUGAGAAGACUCCAACAUUUCCCUCCCCUGAUUUGGCUUUUUUUUUUUUCAUUUUAGUUUUUAGAACAACCAGUGACUAGCUCAUUCCUGCCAUUGUUGUGUCAAAUAUAAAAGCUAUUACUGCAGAAACUUCUGGAUGGAGCUGUCCAUGGUGCUGAAUCAGUGCCCCCCCCCCCCCAAUUUAGUAUAACCAAACCUGAGUGUGUAACCCUUAUAGAUCACAGCCAGGAUGAAAAAGUCUGGCAGGUUAUCACUCUGAGAGGUACUUACAAAAUUAAUCCAAAACAAAUAUAUUUCAUCCUCUGUCUUUAACAUGAGGAAAAACUGUUUCUGCACGCACUCCCUUAAGUCAUCAAAUACAUUGUGCCUCAUUUGCCAAAAUAGUUGCUAAAACCUCUGAUGUUUUGCCUAAAUAACUAAUUUUACCGGUAAAUUUGAAUCAAAUCUGUAAAAAUAUUGAUUAACCAGUGAAGUUUUGUCAAUAAGCAAUACAGGCUGACAAUGGGGUUGUUAACAGUCAUCACAAGAAUAUAUGGCUGAUUAUAACAAUCGCGUAUGUUUUAUUAUUAGGAAAUCCACAGCAUUUUAUUGUAGACACUGGGAUCCACUGGAUGUCUCUGAUAAAAUAGUAUAUUUUUUUUAGUUUCCAGACCUUUUUUUAUAUUUCAAGUGUCAGUUUUCAAAACUUAUGAAGGCAGUGUCUCUGUAAAGUAUUGUAUUCCACAUAGUUAUGAGAAAUACAUGAGUUGAAGUUACCCCUUUUAACCACUGGGUGUCACCAAAUAUUCACGGCAUGACCAAAAGCGGGUACUUUGGGAUACAGUGCCAGUCACAGUAUGGACGAUGGACCUACAGUUAUGAACACGUGCUUGUAUUAAAGCAUGAUUAGCAUUGGGUUUAUCAGGUAAGGCAGUUUAUGUUCCGAAUCAAAGCUAAACAGGUAUAGUCAAGAAAAGAAUCUGAACUAGUCAAUCUUCAUGCUCAGUGUCUUAAAUGGGUUGUUUUGUCUGUCCUUGCAGGAGGAAUCCAAGAUUGACGUGUUGGUGAACAAUGCAGGCCUGUACCAGUGUCCCUACAUGAAGACAGAGGAUGGUUUUGAGAUGCAGCUUGGCGUAAAUCACCUGGGCCACUUCCUCCUUACCCAUCUCUUACUGGACCUCCUCAAGUCCUCAGCUCCCAGUCGCAUCGUUGUCGUUUCCUCCAAGCUUUACAAAUAUGGCCACAUCAACUUUGAUGACCUGAACAGUGAGAGCAGCUACAACAAAGCUUUCUGCUACAGUCAAAGCAAGCUGGCCAACCUGCUAUUUACUCUAGAACUGUCCCAUCAGUUGGAGGGGUCAGGGGUCACAGUCAACGCUCUCACCCCAGGCAUCGUCAGGACCAGACUGGGCCGGCAUGUGAAAAUCCCUUUCCUGGCAAAGCCACUCUUCUACCUUGCCUCACAUCUCUUUUUCAAGAGCCCAUUGGAGGGGGCCCAGACCCCACUUUAUUUGGCCUGCUCUCCUGAAGUGGAGAGGGUGUCUGGGAAGUGUUUUGCUAACUGUGAGGAGGAACAGCUGAUGGAGAAAGCUACAGAUGAGCAGGCGGCUAAUAGACUGUGGGAAGUUAGCAGGAACAUGGUUGGCCUCGCUGACUGAGUGUUUGUCUUGUGUGGACAGAGUUAGAAAGGGGGAGUCAGGAGUUAUCUAAUUGUUUUGGAUUGUUUCCAAUUGCUCCCCUGGGGAUACUCUGUAUGUUAUAAAUAUGUGACAUACUAUGUUAAGAAAGUGUUUAAAAUACCUUUAUGAGCAGGAGUGUGUGAAUGUUAAAAUGAUUGAAACAAAGAUCAAUCAUUUUUUCUGCUUUCAUGUUUCUUCAGAGCAAUAAUUAAUGCACAUGUGUAUAUGUGAAGGGAAAUAAAACUAAAUGCUUACCUCCAUGCACAGCAAGGGAAUCUGUUUUCUUUUUUUGUAAAUUACAUUAUGGAAAUUGUGCAAACCUUUUUUUUACAGCUGGAAUAAACUGAAGUAUAUUGAUUCAAAGAUUGUGCUAAAAAAUAAAUUUAAGGAACUUUAGCUGAGGGUUUCUUUUCCAGUUGGUGUGCAAUCUACUUUUUCUGAGCACCUUUGAUUAAGUCCUAAAACAUCCAUACAUUUGUAAACAUUCAGUGGUUAAAAUGUGGUUAAAAGGUCUGUGUACACUAAUGCCUUUUUCUGCAAUGGCAGUUUUUGCGCAACUUUUCACCUAAAACUAUAGAGUUCAGUGUUAAAAUUACCCGUUAGGUUGAAAGUAGUUUCAUGUGUUCGUGGACCACAGAUUCAGGAUCGCAAUUCCAGUUAACAAUGGCACCAUGUGGUGCUUUCCAAGGCCCAUGUGAUUACUGUGUAACCACUUUGCAAUAUCUGAUGUAACCAUUUCUAGUGUCUCUUGUAACCCUUUAGGGUCUUACCUUAAGGGUUGUGGUUUGGGGGAAAAGUGUGAAUGAGUACCCAGGGCCCCAAUGGCCGAGGCUGGUCCUCAUAAUACCUAACAUGAGAGUUUUUGUUUGAUUUUUCUUAUCUCGCUAAACUAUAACUUGCAAAAGUAAAGAAAAUUGUUUGUGCAUCUCUGUGUGUGAGAGCAGGUGAGUGCUGUAUGUUUUGAAUGGGGCUUGGGAGGGUGGGUGGGGUUCUGUAUUUGUAUUUUUAUUUGUUUUAUAUUACUUUUUCAAUAUCCUGCUUGAGUGGACAACACUUUGUGCUAUAUUCUGUGUAUGAAAAGUGCCUUAUGAAUAAAGUUUGAUUGAUUGAUUGAUUGACAAAUAACCUUAAUAAAUUAUGGCAAAGAUAAAAAGAAGAAAGGAGAAAUGCUUUAUGCUAGCUGAAGAAAUCUUUCCAUCUUAACUUCUACAUGACUGAGCUUCUCUAUAACAUCUUUUCAAUACCCAUUCAAUCAAAAGGGUGUUUCAGUGCUGAACUGCAUAGUCUCAAGUUAAAACUCUCACAAAACUGCCAGUGCAGGAAAAAGACGUUCGUGGACACAGGCCCUAAACCAGUUCAUCACCACAUUUUGUGUUGAUGUUGAGCAAGACAGGCAUACAGAAAUAGUAAUAAGGGCACUUUAGAUCUAGGAAAGAGCUUGAAUGUUCUAGACCUGCUUUUGAAUAUGUUGUGUACUGGAAAUUGAAUAAACCUGAACGAGCAAGCCCUGCAUGGCAGUACAUUACUGUGGGCGUCAGUGCAGAUGGGUCACAGUGAGUAGGUUCUGAAUUCAAAUCUCAGAGGGGCCUUCUUGUGGAGAGCUAGAAAGUCCUGGGUCGACCAGCGGGGGACAGAACAAGCAUUCAAAUCUCUAUAUCCUUCCAGAAAACAAAUAAGCCUGGAGUGGCAGUACCUUAGUAUAGUGGUUAGCAAUGAGGCUAAUCUGCAGAUCUACUGCUCAGAACCAUAAAACAUUUGAAUACUUCUGCUGUUUUGAAAAGACAAGCAGAUGAGUGUAGUCCUCUGUGACAAAAACAUUUAACAGCUCACUGUAAAGACAAAUCAUUAGCUACAAAAACAAACUUCUCUGGUGUCUUGAAAAGGUUUAGGCACUGUGUGAUUUCAAAAUGUAAAACCCACGCAUCACAUUUCUUUAUGCUACUGACCUGGCAGAGACUCAUCCCAUCAGUAUGAAAAAGAAACAUCUCCUCCGCUUGAUACAUCCAUCAAAGCCAGCCUAGGAUGUCAGCGUUUCCUCCACUGUGAGGUCAUAUUACUGCUUGUGCCAUGCAAAUCCUCAGUGUUUUGAAAAGCAGAUCUAUUUCCAGCCCAGCUUUUGUACUUGAAUGCUAAAUUUGUGCAUACUUUAGCAUGUAUUAUGUAGUGUAGAAAAGAAGAGGAAGAGGUGGGGGUAGCUGUUAAUCUGGUUUCCCUGCUGUUGAUGUGUUUGAAGUGUAAAUGCUUUGAGCUAUGUGUCUGGUGGAGGCUGAACAAUGAGGUUAAUGUAGAUGUGUGAGACACUGUGGCUCCCUCCUGUGGAUGGACUUAAUCUGACUUAUAAAACUUUGGCAGGGGGCAGGAUCAUGUCUAGUUUCUUAUCUCUUCUCUUCUUUUUAUUGGGGUUGCUCUCUCGGGAUACUAAAAUAUAAAGGAGUGGCAUGAAGUUUGUGCUUACCUUGUCCAUCUUAUAGUCUGGGUCUCUAGGUGGCACCUGAAGUGGCUAAUCAGAUCUCUGAGUUAGCCACCCUUGGCCACCCCUCUGAAGCAAGCAGGAACCCUCAGUGCUGGACUGUGAGGAGGAAGCCAAUGAGGAAGUGCUAAAACCUGCAGCUACAUGGACCUGCUUCUGUCAAUGAUGCAAUUCUUGUCUGGUGCUUGUAAACUGAGAGAAAGACAGUAGUCCAGUUAAAUCUCCUAAACGAGCUAUGACUGUAGUUUGACUUAACUGUGCAUGUAAACAUACAGGCUGUAGAUGUAAGUGAGGAGGCUAAAGGCCCGCCUCAACUUCACCUCUGAGCCUCUUGAUGGGUCCAUGGACAACAAAGUUGGAUUAGCAUUUCCAAGAUGGUGACCGCCGUAAAAUUCACCUCAGAAGCCAAUGGGUGACCAACAAGACUACAUCCAUGUUAUACACAAUCCAUGCUCUGGACAUUUCCCUGCAGGGAGGAGAGGAAGCAGACAAAUCAUUAUGAUUGAAUUAAAAUAAAUAGAGAGGAGUAAAUCAAACAUGUAAAUGACUCUACUUAAAAUUCUGAAUGUGGGAGGUGGACUAAAUUUAGGCUAAACUCUGCACCAGUAAAAUUUCUCAGAAUCCUCAUUACCAAAAAAUAUUCUAUUUACUUCCACCAAAAAAAAAAAAAAAAAAGAAAACUGAAAGGAAUCAAAUUACUACAUUUAAAAGGCAGCAAUUAAAAAACCAUUUCAGCUUCACAGCUUGAGAGACUAAAUGCUACUUACUAACUGAGACACUACCCCAGUCAAAACACCAUAAAAAUCAUAUAAAUGACAGAACUAACGAUGACCUAUAAUGAGUCAAUCAAUUAAUAUUGUUUCAAUUGACCAAUUAAGUUCUUAAUUUUGAAAGGUGAAAAAACUCAAAUAUCCUUCAUGGUGUUCAAGAGACAUCAAAUGUCUCCUAUUUUACAAGGAAGGGCAGUUUACUGCAGAGAAAAGCUGCAGUUCCUUCAACACCAGCGGCUUGUAAAAACAUACAGUAUUUUUUGCCAAUUAAAUGACUUCAAUAACUUCUUUAUUGUUGAAAUGUUGUAAUUCUACCAUGUAUUUUGGGACUGUUCGGAGAUUAAAAAUGACUGAAAGUCAAUCAGAGACAGCGUGGAGAAGUUCUUAAAAAAUUAAGAUGGAAUUUGUUUUAAAUUGAUAUACCUGGGAAAGAUGUCACCUCAAAUCCAGGGUUUAUCAAAAGCAUAGUUGUAUAGAGUCAAGUUGGUGGCUAGUAAAAAAACUGUGUCAGAGACCACCGUCAACAGCAGAUUGGUUGAAGGUAAUGCAUAAUAUAUUUGGAAUAAAAAUAACUUUCACAUUGAGAUUGAAGAGUGAUGUGUUUGAGGACUAUUGGAGAAGUUUAUCACCACUUUAACCACUCAGAUCAGACUUAAGGUAAAAACCAGCAGUAGCUAAACUGUAAUUCCCCUGGUUCUCUGCUGCACACAAGUGUUAUUUAAUGUCUUUUUUUUUUCUUUUUUCUUUCAUUUUCUUUCUUGUUUCUGUUCUUUAAAGCAGUUUGCUUUGAUUUGAAUUGACGUACACCAAAUGAUGAUGUUCAAAACUUGAAUUCUAAAUAAAAGGAACAUUUAAAAAAAAAAGAAAAAGAAAUGUUGUGAUUAUAUUUUCUGAUUUGUCUUUAAAACCAGAAAUUUCUUUGCAAUUCAUGGACCCAAAAAGAGUUGAAUCCUUAGAUCUCUGGCAUAAAGCUACCUCCUGUCAGCCACCCUGAGUAUAUUUAGUUAGUGUGACACAUGCAACACAGCUGAGCUAAGAGUUAUAAAAACGUAAUAAUAUUCUCUUAAUGACUGCUCAGACCAUGCAAAUAAACUUCCUCUCUUUUUUAACUUUGCGAGUGUUGGCAAAAAUCCUCCUCUACUGACCUACUUUUAAAUCCACAACAGUGAUACAGCGGGGCUUUGUAGUGACUCAGCAGGCUCGCACCACAUGGCUAAAAGAAUCAUUUCAACAUUAAACAGAGACUUGAAGCUUUCGUGUGUAAUUUGUGCUUUAUUAUGCGAACAAAACAACCAAAAUAUAGAAUCAUGCAUCAUCAUCAAAUAAAACAGGGUUACAGUGGCCUUAUGUGGGGUGUGGGCAUCCAAAUCUGAGGUAGACUGGGGUGGGAAAACCUCUCCGCGGAUUAUAGAAGAGCAAAAGUAGAAAAUAAUACUGACUGCUAAGACAGAGCUCAAAACGUUCCAUCAAUGACAACAUAACACAGCCACCGAUACUGUCAAACUCAACCAACAGAAGAGUUUUAAAAAAGCGAAUUAUUUCUUUUUGUCUUCCUUCAAUGUUAAACAUUCAUAUUUGAAUCCCAAUGAGACAAGCGCAGUUUCAGUCAAUCAAAAAUAAAGGUCUGUGUGUAGAUGACACAGGCACCAGUUUACCAUUAAAACACCUCUCUGAUUUUCAAAUAUAAGAAUGGCAGCUUUUACAUUUAUAUACAAGUUCCAUCCUUAGCAAGAAGAUUCUGUUUUAUAUGUGAUUGUUUCUGAGUUUUGCUCACAGCUACAUACAAAAUAUAUCACUCCAUUUUCAGUAAUAAGUAUAUAUUUAUACAUUUGUCAAUUAAAUACAUACACAUUCUUACAGGUCAUGACUGACUUGCUCUGGGCUUUUUAUUUGACCGUAAACUGCAUCCAUCAGCUCCAAUUAAUCAAAGCCUAUAAUACUUAGCAAAAGUUAUAUGCUCAUUAUACUGAAUAACUCGCCCCCUGGCUACUAUUUGAACCAUUUUCUAUCAAAAUGAUUGCGCUAACAUAUCAGAUCUGCAGCCCAGAAAACCUUGCGUCAAGCAUGAGAGAAAAACCUGAACAGGACCUCCUUCAGUUCAGAAGAGUUCCAUAAAGCUGCGCCUUGGUCAGACUGUCCUUUCUGGAAAGACCCAGGGAGCCAAAUUUUGGAUUAUAGGGAGGAGGGGGAGGGGCUGGGACCGGCGGAGGGGACUGGCUCACCUGUGCAGGCAGACUGUGCAUCUCCACCUGGUAGUGCUGCAGCUCUGCAGCCAUCUCUAGGGUCCUCUGGUUCAGGGACUCUGUGGAGCUGUUAGGACUGGGGUCCACAUAAUCUGCACUCGGCCCCCCUGCUGCCACAGGCCCCUCCCUGUCUUUGGAGCUGGACCCUGAGUGGUACAGGCUGUGCUCGGACCCCUGACUGUCCUCUGCUGGGUACAUGUGAGCCUGACUGUGAGCGUGCCGUAAACUUGGACUGCAUUCAGGACUCGGGCUUGCAGCUACCCACCCAGAAUCCAUUGCUUCCCCUGCAUGGUGGUAGUAGUCAGCCCCUUCCUGGAAGCUGCUGUAUAGAGGGCCGAGCCGGAUUUUUGCAGGCCGGACAGAGAAGUGCUGCUCUGAGAAGCUGUACGGUGAAGCUCGGCCAGGGCUGCGGUAUGAGUGGGCGCUCAAAUCCUCUACACUGAGCUGCCUCCAUCUUCCAAUCAGCUCCUCCUCCUCAGGCGCCAAAGUGCUGCCCCGACGGCUGUCCCCGUAGGCAACACUUGGGGAUGAGGAGGGUGGGAGCGGCUCAUAGGGCUCACUGAAACAGGAGGACAUGGUGCGACUGUAGACGGGCGAGCUGCCAUUCUGGUGGUGGCUCAGCUCCGUCUGCUGAAAGGGAUGAGCAUUGGCAAAGCCUCUUGGACUGUCCCUCUCCCAGGAUGAGUCACUCUUUCUCUCAUAAUCCCCUGCAUCCCUCCACUCCAUGUAGAGGGAGUGGUGGUGCGGGGAUGAGGCAGCACUGCUGGGUGGGCCGUUGCCUUUGUCUUCAGAGCCCCCUCCGCUGAAGCUGGAGUAGGAGCUUGAUCCUGCACCUAGAGGUGGAGGAAAUUUGGCAAAGUGCUCCUGCGAGAAACCGGCCUGCAACCCUACUGAGCCCUCUUCUGGGUUGCUAUCAGUGGAGUUUUGGGGUCCAUACAGCAGCGUCCUUUCGCCAUGAAGGUCCAUGCUGGGUCUGCGCUCACGGUGCCGGUCGUCAGGGCAGUACAGAGCCGUGUCACUGCUGUACAGAUCAGAUUUAUAGGCAGCACGGAGACCCAGACGCUCUCCUGGCCCCACGCGCUCUAAAAUGAAAGUAUGUUCUUGGGUUUGAGGGCUGGGGGAGCGGGAGGCUUGGCUGCUGCUGCAGGCCUCGUCUGGUUUCUCAAGGACUUUGGCGAUGAGUGAGGCUGAAACGGAGUCCGAGUAGGUGUGACAGAGAGGAGAGUCUUCCAUGUGCAGGGUCAGGCGCUCCUGAAAAUCAGCAGGCAACUAGAAAUAGAGAGAAAAGGGCAGUGAAACAUAUUAUGUGUAAAGUGUUAUUAUAUGCACAUACAAGCUUUAAAUUUUGCAUUAUAUGGCUGUGUCCUCUUUAUUUAACAUUACCUUUGGUGGAAACAUUCAGUUCAAUGUGAAUUAUAGUAAUGAAGUUGGCAACUGUUUUAACUUAAGUGUAAGUUGAAAUGCUCAGUUUAGUGUUAAUCUGUCCUCCAGGGAGGGUGACAAGCUUCUGUUGCCAUGGAAACACUACCAAUUGUAGUGUUUGAAUCAGAUGGGACCUUUUUAUUGGAUUGUACACAUAAGUACAUUUCAUUAUAUCAAUAUUUGUCAGCAUGUGCAUGUCUUUGGUUGGUGGCCAGGUAAUGAGUGAGAUAAUGUAUAAUGAACAGAUGAUAAUGCGGCAUCUGCUCCUGCUCACCCUCUUAGGGUUACAAUUUGCAUGACCACCCAUUCACUAUAGAUUAAUCCUUACUUUUAAUGUAAAAACACACUUGCUGUUGUUAUUCCUGUUACAUUUUUGGCCAGGAUAUUUCUAUCCUCAUUAAAAAUCUGUCUACGUAUGGUGCAUGGUCACAGCUUCCAUAUCAGUUUCAAUACUUAUUUUUUUGUUUUUGGGGCUGGUUUGUGGCGCAAAUCUUUGCAACAGCUGCAUCAUUAGAAACAAAUCCAAAAUGUCAGGGAACGUCAGCAAAUAUUUCAAAUCAGCUGACAGUGGAUGUGUCUCACAUUAGAACCUGAAAUGUUAUCAUUCCUCCAUUCUACGUUGUUUAAAAGCAAAAGGAAGGAUCUUUAAUUUUGUCAUCACAACAUACACACAUGGAUCCACGUGUGUGAUUGCAGUAGUGUACAGUUAUAAGAAAUUAUCUUGAGUUCAACCUUAUCCAAGAGAGAAAACUAGAAGCAAAAAUGAAGUUGACCUGAGUUGCCUUCGUCUGAAAAGAAAGACAUCUCUCUGUUCGGAGUAUUUCUCAACACACAAACCUCCAUCCACUAUCUGUGCCUCUCCAUAGCAACAAGCAUUAAGCCAGCACAUCAUCAACAGGAAUCUAGUCCGUUGUUCCUAAUUGGCAAUGAGAGGAAAGCUAAUUAUAACUUUGUGGAUAGAGAAAAGACAAACACCUCAGAGCGCGUGAAAACACAGUUUUUCAUCGCAGUUUUAUUACAGAUCGGACCAAACUAAAUCCCACUUAAUUACUGUCCAAACAUUUUUCAUUUGGGCUUGUUUUGAAUGAGAUCACAGUAAGCUUUUCAUAUAGCAUUCAGAAAUGCUAGUCUAAUCAUUUCAUACCCAUCACUGGGCUCGUUUUGCAGCAAAACAAAACAACUAAGGCACUUCAGUGCCUGAAGAGCCGCUGCACUUCUCAAAAUGCUGCAGCACCAUUCAUCAAUAUACUGUCGAUUGGCUCCCACCCACAGAAGCAGCAUAUCGCUAGACAUACAGCCAGUGCAUAUAUAGCCCCUGACCCCCAUUAUGUUCUGCAGAUUGCCAGCAGAGACGUUUUUCACUGCGUGCCUGAUCCCAUACUGUGCAAGCGGAGGUUAUGUGUGUGUGUGUGUGUGUGUGUGUGUGUGUGUGUGUGUGUGUGUGUGUGUGUGUGUUUGUAUGUUUGUAUGUGUGUACUGUAUGUGCGUGGGGGGUGUUUUAUGAGCAUUAUGCAACCGAAUGCAGUGUGCAUUGAUAUUUCCAUUCAGCCAUAUAGGCAUUCUUUAACCUUAUGGACUUUUGCCAGCUUAAAAGUCCUGCCGUCACAUGGAGCAGGCACACAGCCCAGGGCUGAUGCAGCGGAAAAUGGCGCCAAGCUGGCCUGGUGUUAAACUGCUCAUCAAUACACACAUGGAUCUCCGUUCACAAGCAGCUGGAGGACAGAGUGACGAGUCACUCCACAUCUACACUCUGCCACACACUGUAGUUUUCACUUCUUUAAAUGCUCAUAUCAGGUUUGUGCUUCUAGUCCAUGUUGUUCUUUUCUUUCUCUCCUUCUUUCAUUUUACUUUCUGUUCUUCCUAUUCCUUUAUUAUUCAUUUGAUCUUUUCUUUUUUUGUCUUUUUCUUCUGUUUUGUAUUCUUUUCUUCACUUCUCUCCUUUUUCCCUUCAUCCUUUCCUUUCUUCCUUUUUUGUUCCUUUUUUCCUUCCUCUCCCCUACCUUUUUCCUUCCCUCUUCCCUUUCUUAUGUCAAUUUUUCUUCCCCAUUUCAUAAUUUUUCUUUUCUUUCUAUUAACCUUCCUCAUUUCCUUUACACUACUUUUCUUUCUCUAACCUUUCCCCUUUUAUUUCUUUCUUUUCCAUCUUUCUUUUCUUUCUUCCUUUUUACCUCCUUCCCCUUUUCUUCCUCUCUUCUCUACUUUCUUUCUACCCUUUCUCCUCAUACUUUUUCCUUUUCUCCUGUCUCCUACUUCUUUUUCUUUCUUCAUUUCCCUCUGCAAUCCUUCCAUUUUUUUCUUUCCUCCUACCUCUCUCUCCCACCCUUUCCUCCAACUCUUUUGUCUUUCUUUCUCUUUUUCUUUCUUGCUUCACUUUUCUUCCUUCUUUCCUUCCCUUUACUUCCUUCCCUCACUUCUCUAUUCUCCUUCUACUUCUUUCCUUUCUUUCUCUAUUCCCUCCCUCCUACUUACCUUCCUCCCCUCCUACUUUCCGUCAUUCUCUUCUUCUUUUCCUCCUUCACUGUAUUUCCCUUUAUUUCCUUCUUAUACUGCUACUAUUUUCUGUCUUCCUCCCUUCCUUUCUGACAUGAACCUUACAUAAAGCAGCUAAAACUUGCAACUAAAUUCAUCAGACUUUCAGUCCAGAUCAGAUGUGGUAAAAACUGAUAUGAUUUGUAUGGUGGCCCGGAUCUAUCUUCCAUAAAGGUGUUGGCCGAGACCUGACUUCCCUCUAUGCAAAAAAACACUCUUCAAAGACCCACUCUGAUGAAAAUCAUGUUUUUCUUGUUGUCCAUGUAUUCAGGACAUAUCAUGAGAAAACUAAGUGCAAAAUUGCAUUUCUAAAUACGUAGUAGAAUUUUCUAUGUUACAAAUCUAAACUCUGCCCUCUGUGCCUCGCUCUGCAGGCCAGAGUGCGAUAUGUGGAUUAAAAUGCUCGUCAGAAAGCUAAUUACUAUAUUAACUUUCAUUAUGCCCCCAAAGACAUUAGUGACCGCAAGCUGAAUAGCUCCUAUGUUACCUAUGUUAAUGCUGUAACAGCAGUGCUGCAGAGCAGUGCUGUCUCCACUCAUGACUCAGAGGUGAAUUGCUAAUGAGCUACUUGUCAAAAAACUUUAAAAAAGGAUAUCUUAAUCAGUCAUAAAGCAUGAAUACCAUUUAAAAUGUAAAAAAAAAAAUAUGUCUACACCUUUUAGCAGGUAUUCUGUUGCCCUGUGUCACACUGAAUUCCAAUUUUUAGAAACCUGGCCUCUGUCAUGUCUCUCAGGUACAGGUCCUUGACCUAACAAAGAGACAGCUUCAGCUCUCCAUCUUUGCCCUUUCUUCUGU